AUGCCUGGAACGGAAAGACGACAUAGCACAUCAUCCGAGGAUGCUAAUGCUCCACCACCAUUAAGACAAUUGUCUCAAGACGGUACGGAAAUAAUACCAACGAGAAUGUCUAAAGUGACGACACCGAAACCUGCUUCAAAUCCGUUACAAUUCAUCAAAACGGGUCCGUGCGAUUUGUACAAGGCGGCACAAGAGCAAAUAAAAAAGGUUGAAGAAAUAAAAAAAGUUGAAAAAGUCAAAGAUGACUCCGAGGAUUGGCAAUCGGAACAUAUUAUCGAAAGAGUUGUCGAAGUUAAAAAAUUCGAAUUGGAAGAACCGGAUAGAAAUAGGAGAAGAAGUAAAACAUUUAACGAAAUGAUAGAAGAAAGAAAUUCGAAAGGUGGAUUGAGAAAAAUGAGUAUAUUGUCGUAUUCCGAAGAGGAUUCAAACGAUUUGAGCGAUCUUGGUUUGUCGAGUAAUAAAGAAAAACCCGGUGGAGGGGAUUUUUCCAACAAUCAGAACGGUUCGAACAGUUUUCACGAAGAAAGGGAAGAACCCGUUGUAACAAAUACAAACGGUCAUAAUUCGACAACAUACGACGAAGGAUCGUCAACUCCGGCAACAAUAUCAUCACCCGAACCGGAAGAAUACACGUACGAAAGAGCAAUACAAGGUUACAUGAAUUUUGCAAAUAAAGCAAAAGUCAAAACGACAAACGAUAAGAGUGGUGGGGGUGGCGGUGGAGGUGGUAACACGAACGGAAACGUUAAUUUUAAAAUAAGUUCUAUGAAAAAAGAACCCGGAACGAAAAUCGGUGAAAAAUUAUCCGAACUCGAACAGAUACGAUUGAGAAGCAAAUCGACAAACGACAUUAGCGGUGGUUGUUCUUCGGAUCCAUCAAAACAAUUACCAAAAGUCGACGUACUCAAAAGGCGUUCGCUUUUCGAAAACGUAGACGGAACGGAUUCGAAAACCAACGAAAAAACAUCGAAAGAAUUUCCCGUGACGAAAUCAAUCAAAGAAAGAUUGUCCAAUUUGGAAAAGAAUAAAGAGGAAGAAGGAGAAGAAAUCAAUUCGAAAACGAAUCGUUCGUCCGUGGAAGUAACACCCCUCAUAAAAGAAACGAUAUUGAAUUUGGAAAAGCAAAAAUCCAUCGUGGAAUGUUCGAUGGAAAAAAAUCGACUUUCCACGGAUGAAAUUCCAUCUCAAGUGUCCAUUCGCGAAAGAUUAAACACUUUGGAAAAACAACAAAACGACAAAGAUGGUAUUAUAACGAAAAAUAAAAUAAUAACGACCGAAGAAGUCGGACCGGUUUCUAUAAAAAAAAUCGUGGCGGAUUUUGACGUGGCAACAACAACAACGCCGACAACGACCACGACGACGAAAGAAAUAACGGGAAAAUUAACACCGGAAAGAGAUGCGGGAUUCAAAGAAAAAUUAGAAACUUUUAAACAAACGGAAAAAAUUCAAAAUAAUCACGUUCAACAAGAGGAUUCUUCCAAAUCAAAAUUCGAACAUUUGGAUAUUGAUAAUAAUAAUAAGGAUAAAUCGAAAACGGAAAUGAAUUCGAAAAUCGUUCAAAAUCACGGACAAGAACAACCGACGACCGUUCAACCCGAUGACAAGGAUUACAAAACAACAAUGGCGGAAACUGUAAGUUCACAAAAAGGACAACAACCCUCUUGUACAGAUACGGUGAAGGGUGUAAAAAUGGCGGAGGGAAAUUUUAACAACACAGCCGUGGGGAUGGGUUCUCCAUCUGAUAUUUCAAAAAUAACCAACAAUAGAACGUCUUCGUCACAAACUGACGUCACAAAUUCAUCACAGAUGAUGACGAUGAUGGAAAAAUCAAAUCCUUCGGAUGUUUCUAACACGAUCGUCACGCAAAUAUGCCUUCCCGAUAAUUCCCGUCCUAGAUUUAACAUAUCCGUUUCCUUAAAUUCGAUAUCUCGUACAAUCGAUGACGAUAAUAAUCGUAUGACGAACGCGUAUUACAAUAACGAUAUAAAGACAAACGAAACGAAAGAACUGACAAAUAAAUACAAUCACCACACGACGACGACGACAGGUACGACGAGGAAUAGAGUAAGAAAACUCACACCCAUGAUAACAAAUCCAAAAAUGUCAACGUCAUCUCUAUUGAAAACCGUUUGCGAAUUGCAAAUAAUAGAAGAAAGUGAAAAUAUAGAUCGUGACGUUUGCAACCACGAUGGGAACAAAGGGAAAAAUGUCGGAGAUCAUCAAAACAUGGUGUCGCCAUCUAAAAAACAAAACAUAUCCGGGGAUUUCUAUGAGGGUGAUAACGAAGUUCAGAACGUAUUAGUAAACGAUAUGAUAACAAACGUCGAUAAAGAAGAUGUAGAAGAUGUAGGAGAAGAAGAAUUUCAAGAUGAUUUAAAAGAAGAUUCUAUCAUGUACACGGAUGAAAAUAUUGAUGAAGUCCUCGGAAAAGAUGAGGAUGAUGACGAAUUAGAAACAAUGGUAGAUGAUGAAUUACAAUCGGAAUCCCAAACGGAAGAAGAUAAAAUAAAAAAAGAAUUGGAUAUAUUUACACCGAAAGAACAUUCGGAUGUUAUACUACCGUUGAAACCGGAAAUCAUGGAUAAAUCCAUUUCCGUUAUUGGUAAUUACGAAAAUGUUUACAUAACCAAUCAGGUUCCAGAACUAAGCAUGUCACCUGAUUCUGAUAUAAUAUAUGCCACAAUGGGUUUUCCACUUGGUACCAGGCCGUCUAUCGAACCACCUAAAGAAAAACCCCCACCACCGCCUUUGGAACUAAGCGAUGAUGAAUCCAACAAACCUGAAUUACCACCUAAACCAUCUUUAAGACGAUUGGAUUCGACAAAACGUAUAAAAAAAGAAAUUCGUAAAAAAAGAUCAGAUUUUUUGGGUAUCGAAGGUUCGAACGAUGAUAGUUACUUAGAACCAGAAAUCUACGUGUCUCCUCCACCGGACAUGAUGACGUUUUUACAAGAAGAAAGAAGAUUGGAACAACAAUUGUAUCGUCAAUCGAUAUGUUCAGAAAGCGAUUCGAAUCACGAAACGGCAGAAAGUCGAGAUUCCGGCGUGGAAUUAGAUCGCGGACAUGUUGAUGAUAUAUGUUGGUCAAAACCGGAUGUUAUGUCUGAACCACACAGUCGUCAAAACAGCGAGACGUUCGGAAACACGAGCAUCACUUCCGAGGAAGAUGAAAUACUUAAAAAGGAAAGAGAAAUAAUCGAAGUUUUGGAAAAAGAAGAACAAUGGCGAUACGGUAAUAAAAAUUCACACAAUCCUGAACAAAACGACAUAGGUGAAAAAUUAGCAGUUAAAUUAAGACAAUUAGAACAGGAAAAAAUGCAAUUGGAAAGAGAAAGAGCAGAAGAAGAAGAUAGAAGGAAAGCAGAAGAAUCAGCAAGACGACAAAACGAACAAAGAUUAAUUGCUAAACAACAAGAAUUACGAGAGCAAGAGGAAGCUCUUCGUUUCGAACGCGAACGCCUUCACAAAGAACAAGAACAUUUGGAAAGAUGUCGGCAAAAUUUAAUGAAACAACAACAACAACAACAGCAGCAACAACAAAAUCCCGAUACGAACGUACAUCACAGAAGCAACAGUUCAUCUCAUUGGGACACACCCUCCAACCGUCACUCCUUGCAAGAAGUCCCUAUCGGGGUACCAUUAUUGGACGUACCUCGUCAUUCCAUGCAAGACGUAUCCCAACCGCCACAAUAUCAAUCCCACAUGAGUUCCGGUUACAGGUAUUCUCUCCCUGAUUUACAACAGAGAGAACAACCCGCGAGAUCCUCUCGUCCUCCACCACCUCCAAUCCCUCCUGCCAAACCCAUAAGAUCCCUUUCUCAAGAUCCGUGGGGAAGAGAAGCGAACAUACGAAACAGUAGAAUACCCUCGGCCGAUAACAUACCGUUAAAAAUAGAAACCUCGACGAAAUUGAGGCACGGGUCUUCGGUACCUGCAAUCAAUUUAAAUCACGGAGCUCAACAAAUGACGAGAUCCACCCUUCAAGCUCUUAGUGCUGCUCCAAGAUCUCGUAUUAUAAGUAACGAAAAUUGGAUGCAGCCAAAGAGGAAAGUAGAUGCUCCAAAAUCAAAUUAUAAUUAUCAGCAUUGGUUAAUUCAGGAAGCGGAACAUAGAAGGAUUUUAGAACACCAACAAAAAGUCGCAUCGCAACAACUUCAAUCGAAAAAUUCAUCGACAUUACCUUUAUUUAACGGACAACAAUCGGGGGGAAAUUAUGGGGGUUCACCUCCGAGUCAUCACACUGUCGGACUUCCCAUAUCUCCCCCUCCACAACCCGUACAAAAUCAAAAAUGGGUUGUUUCCCCCUUAAGAAUCGACAAACCAUUACCGGAUGCAGUCAUACAAACAUUAACGCAAAGAGUUCAAAACAGAGAAUCUAAAACCCCGCCCAGAAGAAGAGUCGAAAAUUCUGGAACUUCACUUCCGAAUAAAAUAACACAAUCAGAAAAUGUUUCGUCGAUAAACCCAUCCGGACAACAACAACAACAACAACAAUCUCAGGAAAGAAUGUUGAGCGUAAGCGGAAAGAAAAAAUGUUCUCAUUGCAACGAAGAAUUAGGUCGAGGUGCAGCCAUGAUAAUCGAAAGUUUAAGAUUAUUUUAUCACAUCGAUUGUUUUAAAUGUUGCGUCUGCCACGUGCAAUUGGGAGAUGGUCUCAUGGGUACCGACGUACGCGUUCGUAAUAAUAAACUUCAUUGCCAUAAUUGUUAUUCGAGUGAUGACGAUCGUUUGAGUUCCGAAUCGGAUGAGGAGGAUGAAAGUGAAAAUAGCGAACUGGAAAUUAUUGAUGACGAAACGGAUGAAGGAAAUGAGUCCUUAGGGAGAUUUCGUAGAGAUGUUAAAUAUCCUCCCAAUUCCAGAACUAUUUCAAUACUUAAUUUUCCCACAAUUUUCCCUCAUGCAUUCCAUCUUUAA